AUGUCCUCCAUCGCUCCCCUCACCCCCCUUCCCAGCCUCCGUAUCUCCACCCAUCACAUCCCUUCACACUCCCUCCUCCCAAACUGCCCGGCCCCCUCCCACCCCCUGUAUAUCUACCACAACGCCUACCCACCCACCACCUCUCCCUCAGCCCUCGAAUCCCACCUCAGUGCCAUUAGCGUCUUCUACUGCGGAAGAGUUCGGCUUUGUUUCGGAGGCGAGGGGAAUCCGGGGCGGGUAGAGAUGGUGGUGAAGGCUGGGGAUGCUAUAGUAAUUCCAGCAGGAGUUGGACAUCGGCUAUGGGAGGAUUUGGAGGGGGGUUUUCAGAUGGUGGGUGCAUACCCGAAAGGGCGUGAUUGGGACAUGUGUUAUGGGAAGGAGGGGGAGGGGGAGGGGGAGAAGGCGAAGGCUGUGAAAGAUGUGGAGUGGUUCAAGAGGGAUCCAUUGUAUUGGGAUGAGGGUUUUGUUGUUUGGAAGUAUCCAAAGAGAGGUAUCAGUGUACAGUAA